AUGACUUUUCCAGAGGCAACAACGUAUCAUCUUAAUUCUAUUAUGUCCGACCAUCUUCCUUUGUUAAUGUAUGUGAGGCCCGAUUAUUGGGAGAAGAGGAAGAGGCGGUUUUUGUUUGAGAUGUGGACUACUGUUGAGGGUUGUCAGGACACCAUCACUCAUGCUUUGGAGUCUGAACAUGGAACUGUAGUAGAGAAAUUGAAGGCCUGUCAAGGGUCCUUGUGGACAUUGAAUAAUGAACAGGUGGGGCGCAUACCCACAAAACUUCGGAGCCUCCAGAGGAAACUAGAUGAUAUCCAAAGGAGAAGCUAUUCACCAGUAGUUGAGUAUAAAUAG